AUGUGGGGUGUAGCUGUGGGGUCACCUUAUGCUCGUUUGGUUGCGCCUCUAUCACCGCAGCAAAUAGCAGAGGACCUGAAGCUGAAGCCAGAGAGCAGCAGCAGCGGUGCUGCUGCUGCUCCUGUGCUUGCAACGGCUCUAGGGGCCCCUAUACCUGUGUCAACUAUAUUUGCUGCUGGGGUCCCCGUAUCUGGCUGCUUCUUACAUCCUGCUGCAGUGCGUCUUGCUGCUGGUAUCUCUGCUUUUAUUCUUGUUGAGCUUGUUGCUGUUGCGUCGGUCUGCUGCUGCUGCUUCCUCACCGGCGAGACAAAGAGGUUUAGUACUCUUCCUAUUGCGGGGCUGCCAGGGGGUGCUGCUUUCCUCACCGGCGAGACAAAGAGGUUUAGUACUCUUCCUAUUGCGGGGCUGCCAGGGGGUGCUGCUGCUGGGGCAUUGAAUAGCGGCUCUUCUGGGGGCGCAGCAGCAGCAGCAGCAGCAGCAGCAGCAGCUGUCACCGCAGCUGUCACUGCAAGAAAGGGAAGUCUAUGGAAAGACGUAACCAGCAGCAGCCAGAUCAUUCGUCUGGGCCUCUGCGCUCUGCUGCAGCUGGCGGGGGCCCCCCUCGAGUGUGCGGGUACAGCAGAGCAGCCUCAGGCGGCACAGGGGGGCCCCGCAGGCAAAGCAAUAAGGUUGCAGCAGCAGCAGCAACAAGGAGUAGUUGGGACGACUGGAGCAGCAGCAGCUUCAGCAGGAGCACCAGCAGCAGCAGCAGCUGCUGCUGCUGCGGGGGCUGUGAUGAAUGGAGGGGGCGGCAGCAGUAUCUUUGAGUCUGCAGACGAACGCGCGGCCCUAGAUGCAAGCGAAUACGCCCUGCGGCUAUCUCAUCUGCUGUGGGGUGCUGUUGAGGUGGAGGUGGCUCGGCUGAGAAGGCUAAGGCAGCAGCAGCAGCAGCAGCAGCAGCUGCAGCAGCUGCAGCUGCUGGUGGUGGUGCUUCUGCACCGACUGCUGCAACCGCAGCGAACAGCAGCGCCGGCAGCAGCAGCAGCAACAGCAGCAGCAAAAGCAAACGCUCCCAGUCAUGCUGCUGCUGCAGCUGCUGCUGCUGGUGGUGGUGCUUCUGCACCGACUGCUGCAGCCGCAGCGAACAGCAGCGCCGGCAGCAGCAGCAGCAACAGCAGCAGCAAAAGCAAACGCUCCCAGUCACACUACCCCAAGCCCCCCGUCUCUCAGCCCCUCCCCCUGCAGGGCCUCCCCGGCUGGCUGAGCGGCUGCUACUGGAGCGAAGCAGAACUGCCCUGGGAUAGAACCGACACAGACAGAGAUACUGACGCAGAUGUCGCGCGGGGCGCGAAGCAGGUGGCUGGAGUGGAGUUGUUUCUGCCCCCCGGCAUCGCAACGUCUUGUUUGCCUCUGUCUUGUCUCCUCGUGGCUCUGCGCUGUCUCCGCACGCCGGCUAUACGGCGAAACGUAUUCAUGUUGGUGCCGCUGGCAGCAAGACUGAUGCUGCUGUCUCGCGCUGCUACAGCAGCACCUGCUCUGGCCCCUGGGUACCUUCCUGCUGCUCCUUUGGCUGCUCGUGAUGCAGCAGCAGCAGCAGCAGCAGCAGCACGGGGCAUCCCGUUGUUGUGGGGUCCGCCUGGUAGCCACGCAGCAGCAGCAGCAGCUGCUGCUGCUGCAGCAGAAGCUAAUGGAUGGAGGUGGGAAGCAUCAGAAGUAUAUGAUGUUACUGGGGAUAUAUCUUAUAAGCUGGCCUGCUGCUUCAUGCUGCUGUAUGGACAGCCGUUGCUGCCGCGGCAGCCACCGCCCCUCGACAAGCUCACUAUACAAACAACAAAAGAGAAAAUGAAGAAUACUUUUAUUGAGGUUUCUCUACCCACCACCAUGCUUGGGGUGUAUAUACACCGCAGCGUUCAGAGGUGUACGGGCUGGAGUCUGCAUGAAAAUGUAAGCCGCACACACACACCAGCAGCAGCACAGUAG